AUGUCUAUCUCACCUGAAUCGUUAACCUUGCCUGUCACAGAGGCAAGUGACGAAAAAAAAUCAAUUCAAAAUUACACUAUGAGUUCUGAAGUUAAAAUUCUUGGAAUCCCUUAUCAUGUCAAAAAUCAUUUUGUUGCAAUGACAGGGGAAUUUUGUGGAACUUUUUCAUUUUUGCUUUUUGGCUUCUUUAUUGCACAAAUUGCUAAUCAAGACACCUCAAUUCCUGCUUCAAGCUUGCAACCCAAUCUCACUAAACUUUUGUUUAUAUCUUUUGGUUUUGGUUUUAGUUUAAUGGUCAACGUUUUUAUAUUUUACCGAGUUUCAGGUGGAUUGUUUAAUCCAGCCGUCACACUUGCAUUGACUUUGGUUCGAGCAAUUGAUCCAAUCCGUUGUGUUCUUUGCUGGAUUGCACAAAUCACUGCUGGUAUGGCUGCUGCUGGUGCUGUAUCAGCCAUGACACCCGGUCCAAUUAUGUUUAAUGUUGGCCUGGGUGGAGGUGCUUCCAAAUCUCAAGGUUUGUUUAUAGAAAUGUUUGGCACAGCAUUACUUAUUGGAUCCGUUUUGUUUUUGGCUGUAGAAAAGCAUAAGGGAACUUUCAUUGCUCCAAUGGUGAUUGGAUUUUCAUUGUUUGUGGGACAUAUGUAUGGUAUUUAUUAUACUGGUGCUGGUUUCAAUCCCGCAAGAGCGUUUGGAUCUUGUGUUGCUUCAAGGUCUUUUACUCAUUAUCAUUGGAUCUAUUGGAUCGGUCCGCUUCUUGGGAUGUUAGUGUCUGUGACGUUGCAUUACUUACUCAAGUUUCUCAACUAUGAAACAACAAAUCCUGGUCAAGAUUCUGACUGCUAG